AUGGCGGCUCGGGCGUUGAGGGUAAUUCCGCGUCUCGCACAAGGAACAAUCUCCUUCAGAAGCUAUGCUAGCUGUACGAGAACGAUCGCAUUGCCAGUUCUUGACAAAUUUUGCAUUCAGAAGCGCUACAGUCAAGUGAACGUUUUUGGGCCUUUUGAUCCACCUAAGCCACUUACAUUGAAGGAGGUUGAACAACGGGUUCUUAAGGCUGUUCGUGCCUGGGAUCGAUUUCCCGCUGACAAAGAAAAACUACUAACCAUGGAUGCCACCUUUGCCCAAGAUUUGGGUUUUGACUCAUUAGAUCAGGUUGAAGUCACAAUGGCGCUCGAGGACGAGUUUGGUUUUGAAAUUCCUUUGCAAGAUGCUGAAAAGCUAAAAUCUCCUCGCGACGUGUUUAAAUAUAUUUGCGAGCGAGAAGAUGUCUUUGAA